AGAAACUACAGAUGUCGGCGUCUAUUUGGGAAAUUUCUCGGGAGCAAAGAAGUGUUUGUGACAAAAUGAAGACCAUGUAGAACUUAUCUUGGAAAAAAGUGAUUUAGAAGUGAGAAUUACUGUGCUAAGUAGAUAUAUUAGUUUUAACUUUUACAGCCUAAUGCUGGUGUGUCCAUUUAAUUAAACAUAUUUCUCAACAAGCAGGGUGGAGGAGGAGUGAGUGAGGUGGAGAGAGUUGUGUGGAGUCUGUUUCACCUGAGUCAUCAUGUCAGGUUCCAAGUGUUACAAGUGUAACCGCAUGGGCCACUUCGCCAGAGAGUGCCCCAUGGGAAGCGGUCCAGGCCUCAGAGGCCGUGGGGGUCCAAGGGACCUCUACUCCUUAGAAAAAUGCUACAAGUGCAACCGUCCAGGUCACUUUGCUCGUGACUGCAAGGAGGAGGAGGAUCACUGCUACCGCUGUGAUGGUGUGGGCCACAUUGCCAAGGACUGUGAACAUUCUUCAGAUGAACCCUCAUGCUACAACUGCUCCAAGAUGGGCCACAUCGCUAGGGAUUGUCCAGAGCCAGAACGCACCUGCUAUGUGUGCAACAAGAGCGGGCACAUCUCCCGUCAGUGCACUGAAAAUAAGAGUGAGAACCGUAAUGCAAAGUGCUAUGUCUGUGGCAAAAUUGGUCACAUCUCCAGGGAGUGCCCUAUUGGAGGAGAGCAAGAGAAUGAGAAGCGUUGUUAUGUGUGCGGCGCUUCUGGGCAUAUCUCAAGGGAGUGCCCUCAGGGUGAAUCUGAUACUACAUGUUACAGGUGCAACCUGAAGGGCCACAUGGCUCGCAACUGCCCCAAAUGUUACAUGUGUGGUGGCUUUGGGCACAUUUCCCGCCAGUGUGAGAUGGUGGCUUAGACUGGCUGACCCACUCCUGGUCUCUCCCUCCGAAGCUACUGCUGCCCACCACCAUGUUCCCCUGGACACAAGCCACUGCACAAGCUGUGGUGCUGGGGCUAAUCGGUUACAGCCUGGCUUUUCACCCUCACGGUGCUCUCCAGGUGGAAACUAGGUCACAUCGUGUGUACGGCGGGAAGCAAGUUCAAAGGUGUGUGAUGAACAGUCAAGUAGACAUGUUUCACAUGCAUUGAUUAAUAGGUAGAUCCCAGUGUGGAGGAGAAAGGAGGUCAGUGAUGAAGUUUUCCAGAAGGGCUAGAAAACAAACAACAGAGGAGUAGAAACAUUCAUAAGAGGAUGUAUUAUAUUUUAGCUCUCCCAAACGUUCAUCACUUGAUGCCAUUGGUGAAGUAGAGGUGGAUAGGAAUACCAGUUCCUAGUACCUGAUGUCUGAAUUACUUAAUCAUUAUCAUUGCCUCUUUGUCUUCAGUUUAUGGCAUAGCUUUCAUUGUGGAGUUU